UCGACGCUGCCUGUUUGUGUUUGGAAGGCUCCAACCGGCUCCUUUGGCAAGGACCUUCUUGGGUAAACAAACGUCUCGGAGAGUUUUCUCACAGCUUGAUGGCUACUUAUGGAUGGAAACUUGACCAUACAACGUGACACUUGAUCUCAGCUGGCAGUGUGUGGCCUGUCGUUGCCUGCAGUGAAGCUCAGUGCUUGGAGCAGAGUCUAGCUCUUUCCCCCGCCCUGGUGGCUCCUUAUGAUGGAUCGCGGUUGUACCUGGUUUCUUGCAGCAUGGAUGGUGUGGAUCUAAAGGGUCUUGUGUAUCAGCAUCAGCUUUUCCUGUUCCGUGACUGUGUUCUGUUCGUUUCCAUCUACAAAAGAACACCCUCCAUCCAGACGCUGAGCCCUGUACACCUGCAGACUGUUUUAAAGCAACAAGCACACAGCUAGGAAUAGGAGAGGGAGAUCUGCAAAACAAGCUCCUGUUUAGUGGCAUUUUUAAAACAUUUUUUUUCUUUUUGACCAGAUAGAUUUGUUUCAUUCCAAAGCCUGUAUGGAGGAAGUUUGACUUCUCUUUUCUCUGUUGAAUCGUAUCCGCUCACUCUCGCGUUGGGUGGUGGGAUGUCGGAAAAGCCCAACGACAAGAUGGUGAAGUUCCUGGCUCCCCUUUCCAAGAGUGGUGAUGGCAACGUAAACAACGGAUCUGGCUCGGACUCACUUGUUGGUGAAAGGGUGGCAGUGGAGGUGAGGCACCGCCACCACACCAUGGAGCGCGAUCGCUGCACUGCCGAAUAUCGACCAUUCUUCCGCCGCAGCGUCAUCAGUGACUCCAAUGCCACCGCCCUUGACCUCCCCUUACCCAGUACAAUCCCUAUCUUUGCGCCCAUUGUACCCCCCGUGCAAGAUGUGUCCCAUCCUGCCGGUCCACCCCCUACCCCAAGACCUGCACCCCGUGUGACUGUGACGGAGAGCGAAGGAGGAGAAGUGAAGGUAGAUGUGUUUGUAGAGCAGAAGGCUGCCGUAGUACAAGAUAUCUGUGAUGGGGAUGCAGUAGUGGCUCAGCCAGCAAACAGUCUAGCUGCCCUACCGCCAAGCCAAACGACAGAACCUGGAAGUGGCGGUGAAGUGAAGGAGAGGGAAGAGGGGGAGGAAGAGAAGGAGAAAGCCCGGGUGGAGGCUGAACAGAGAGAGGCAGAGAAAAAGGUGCAGGAUGACAUUGAGGAAGCAGAGACGAAAGCGGUGGGAACGUCGCCGGAUGGGCGUUUCCUGAAGUUUGACAUUGAGAUUGGACGUGGUUCCUUCAAGACUGUCUACAAGGGCCUGGACACAGAGACCACAGUGGAGGUGGCAUGGUGUGAGCUGCAGGACCGUAAGCUGUCCAAGUCGGAACGCCAGCGGUUCAAGGAGGAGGCUGGCAUGCUGAAGGGGCUGCAGCACCCCAACAUCGUCCGCUUCUACGAAUCCUGGGAGGCCCCCGUGAAAGGCAGGAAGUGCAUUGUGCUGGUCACAGAACUCAUGACCUCCGGAACACUGAAAACGUAUCUGAAGCGUUUCAAGGUGAUGAAGAUUAAGGUUCUGAGGAGCUGGUGUAGGCAGAUCCUGAAGGGCCUUCACUUUCUCCACACCCGAGCCCCUCCCAUCAUUCACAGGGACCUGAAGUGUGACAACAUCUUCAUCACCGGCCCCACWGGCUCCGUCAAGAUAGGAGACCUGGGAUUGGCCACACUCAAGAGGUCCUCUUUUGCCAAGAGUGUCAUAGGUACCCCUGGGUUCAUGGCGCCUGAGAUGUUAUGAGGAGAAGUACGACGAUCAGUGGAUGUUUAUGCCUUUGGGAUGUGCAUGCUGAGAAUGUGCCCUUCAGAGUUACCCAAUUACUCCCGAGUUUGCCAGAACGCUGAACAGAUCUACCGCCGAGUCACCAGCGGGGUGAAGCCGGCCAGCUUCGACAAGGUGGCCAUCCCCGAGGUGAAGGAGAUCAUCGAGGGAUGCAUCCGACAGAACAAGGACGAGAGGUACUCGAUAAAGGACCUGCUGAACCAUGCCUUCUUCCAGGAGGAGACCGGGGUGCGUGUGGAGCUGGCUGAGGAAGAUGACGGGGAGAUGGAGGCCAUCAAGCUGUGGCUGAGGAUAGAGGACGUCAAGAAGCUGAAGGGGAAGUACAAGGAAAACGAGGCCAUCGAGUUCUCCUUCGACCUCAGCAAGGACGUCCCCGAGGACGUGGCCCAGGAGAUGGUGGAGUCUGGCUACGUGUGUGAAGGGGACCAUAAGACCAUGGCUAAGGCCAUAAAGGACAGGGUUUCCCUCAUCAGCAGGAAGAGGGAGCAGAGGCAACAGGUGAGAGAGGAGCAGGAGAAGAGGAGGCUGGAGGAGGAGCAGGGUCAACGACAACAAGAACAAGUAAUACUACAGCAGCAGCCUGGCACAGAGGCCUCCCAGCCAGGCCAACAGGCUGCCCCCUACACCCAGCCACAGCCCACCCAGCAGCCACCACAGCCCAACCUGCAGACGACACCCGACAUCCCCCCUCAGACGGCACAGCUGGGGCCCCAGGGAGUUCCCUACAUACCCCAGUCUACAGGGCAGCUCCCAGUCCCAGUAUCAACCCAAGUUCCAGCCCAGCCAGAGUCAGAGGUGCCAGAGGUGGACCAGUACCUGCAGCAGACAGAGACAGCCAAUCAAAUAACAGAUAGUUCCUCCAUCCUUCCCGAGACGCACCUGGUUCAGCCGGUGGUGUCAUACAGCUUUCUGCCCAGUCAGCAGCCUCAGCCAGAGGCCCCAUACCCACAGGCCACGCCCCCUGUCCAAACCGACCAAUCGCAGCAGCAGCCGCAGCAGACCAUGGUGGUUCCUGCUGCCCAGACUGCCACUGUUGUCCCUGGGGCUCCACAACAGCGCCCCCUUGUGUGCUAUGCCGGUAAUACUGUAAAUCCCGGGAUGAGAGAAGGACGGUAUGACGAUAUGAAAAUCUGGAUACCCCCCAAGCCUAUUGUAUGGUAUCCUUCACGGCUUUUUUUUGUGAAGAUCUCUUAUCUAUGUGUCUCUUCCACCCCCUCAUCUCAUCCCAUUGUUCCCGUGCACCUCCAGCAGCCACAGCCAGUGGGCAGCACUGUACCUCAGAGCACAGCACUACCACCGCUCCAGCCUGGUGCCCAACAAAUACAGGCCUCUGUGAGUGUAUCCCAGCCGGCGUCAGCAGAGAAGGCAGCAGGCCAGACAGCGCCGGUGCCUCAGUCUGUGGAGAAUUGCCUUUCAAACGUAUCGUCAGGUUUGAGUAACGGCUAUGAGGGGACAUCAGAUGGUAGACACGAAGGGCGCUCCAUGAUCAAGCGGCACCAGCAGCACUCUGUACGCAGCCACUCUUGCCACGAGAAGACCGCCAAGGCCAAGCUCAUCGUCCUCAAUAUCUCCAACAUGGGAGACCGGGUGGCGGAGUGCCAGCUGGAGACCCACAACAGGAAGAUGGUCACCUUUAAGUUCGACCUGGAUGGAGAUAACCCUGAAGAGAUCGCACGGAUCAUGGUCCUGAGUAAGUUUAUCCUGGAGAGCGAACGCAAGUCGUUCAUCGAGCAGGUUCGGGAGGUCAUCGAAAUGCCGGGCGAUAAAGUAGAGGGCAUGAAGGAAGGCUGCGCUCAACCGCCCUUCACUCAAAUUGUGGUAGAUGACCCCUUACAGCAGCGUGACAAGCCCACUCCUCUGUCUGACGUUGCAGCUCAGGUGGUCCACUCUGCAGGCCGGAGGUUCAUCGUCAGCCCUGUCCCAGAGUCCCGUUUGAGAGAGCAGUUCUUCGGCCCUCCCUCGGCUAACACCUCGUUUGGGGACGAGCCCCAUCCAGUGAGUCUGGGCCUGUCCCUGUCUGCCCCCUCAAGCCGCCUCCAGCAGGCCUUCACUGAGAUGAGGGAGACGCGUGGGGAGAGACGAGCCACCAGCACAGUCCCCUCCUCCCAGGCUGGUCUGCACCCGGCCCCCACCACCUCCUCCACCCUGCCUCAUGUCUCUGUCAUCCCCUCUGGGUCCUCCUCUCUUCCCCCCUCCACAUGCCAAGUUGCCACCGGGAGGGUGUCUCCAACCCCAGUUCCAGCCCCUGCAUCUGCUACCACUGAUCCCACCCCACACCCCCAGCCUGGCUACCAAGCUGCCCCCUCUCAGCCUACCCCUGCCCAAAUCACAUCCCCUCCUCCAGCUGCUCCCCAGGCCACCCCGGCCCCUGUCCCCCCAGCUGCUACCCCCCAGCUGGGAAGCAGCUCUGCCCCUUUCCCCCCUGUCUCUGGAGCUCCACCCAGUAACUCUGGGACUGUGACCAGCUCAGAGCAGCACCCUGUUCCUGUUCCUAUCCUGUCCUCUCAGCCUAUCCCUGUGUCCAUUCCUGUCACUCAGCCCACCUCCUCCCAGUCUCAGCCUGUCCCUACCUUUGUCCCUGUGGCACAGCCUGCAAUGGCUCCCACCCAACUUCCACCCUCUACCCUGCCCUCCCAACCGUCCCAGCUGCAGCCAGGGGACCCAGAUGGGGGAGAGUCCCAGUCCAAGGCCCCUGGUAUAGAUGACAUCCAUGCCCUAGAAAAGAAGCUGCGCUCCCUCUUUAAGGACACCACCUCCGCUGACACUGGCAACACUGAGACCACCUCUUCCUCCACAGAGACCAUCUCCCCUCCCCAUCUGGCGGCCCUGGUGCCCCCCUUCAACCUGUCCCUCACUUCAGGGGAACAGGGAGCCCCGGGCCCCCCCUCCAACGCAGGACAGGGCCUCACACCAGCGGAACAUGCACAGAUCCAUCCAGAAAAGCAUGGCCAAGCCACCAGAGCGCAGGCAGACACCCCUACCUCUGAGCAAUUGCCUCCAUUCCCAGUACCAAACCAGUCCCAGCAGCCUCUUGGUAGUCUGGACGGCCAGCUGAGGAGAGCUGUGAGCCCUGAGACCAUCCCAGGGAGCAGUAGAGCAGCAACGCCCUCCACAGGGGUCGUCAAACUGGGACGCUUCCAGGUCUCAGAAGCUGGCGCCGGCAGCACUCCUGACCCCUCUACCAUCGCCUCCUCUUCCUCCCUCACACCCUCUUCGUCCUCCUCCUCUUCUUCCUCGUCUUCCUCCUUUUCCAGCCCAGAGAACACCCUCCACCGCUCCUCCUCCCUCUCCAAAGGAGUCUGGAAUGGAGACUCCGUAGAUGGGCUCACUUCUGUCCCAACGCAGCCCGCCACCAUCGGACGCUUUCAGGUGACUGCCAGUGUCACAACCAGCCCCAACUCUGUCUCAAAAGUGGGCCGUUUCUCAGUGACGCCAGCUGCAGCCAAUACCACGGCUCCUUCGGGAUCUAGCUCCUCCCAUCAGAACGGCCCUUCCUCUUCAACAACCUCUAACCCCUGUAGCUCCGCCUCCGGCGUGAACAGAGGUUUGUUUAAUCAUUACAUGACCAGCGACAACGAGGAUGACUCAGGGCCAGAGGAUGAGGCCUUUGAGAGGGAAGUCAGCCACCUCCGAGAGAAACAUAUGAUAGAGAGCCAGACCCUCCACUCCCGUCACAAGGAGGAAAUCGAUGCUCUGUURACCAGGCUGGGUAAACCUCGUCCCUCGGCUGUCCUCUCCCCGUCUGUGGCCAUGGCCGGGGGCCGACGCAGGYCCAAGACCAAGGCCAGCAAAUCAGCCCGCAGCAGCGCCCAGCCCGGUCCCUUGCACUCAGCAGCCCAAGUCACAGGCCAGAUCUCCCCAGAGUCCUCCUCUAAGCAGACGUCUCGCCCCACGGCAGGGCUCUCUGAGCCAGGCAGCCGGACCUCCCUCCAGAAUCUCAAACUCUCCCCCUCCUUGCCCAGCCUCAGCACCUCCACCAUGGGAGUGAGUGGGACCAGUUCAGACAGUGGAGCGAACACCAGCCAGUCUCAGCCGUCAGGCCCUAACAUGGCCCCGGCCGUAACACAGAGUCGCAAGGGCACAUUCACAGACGACCUGCACCUGCUAGUUGACAACUGGGCUCGAGACGCCAUCAGCCUCUCCCACGGCAAGAAAGGACCCAAGGGGACAUCCCAGGGACCCGGACACGACAUCCCUCUACAUAUCCCUCCACAAGCCAACAUGGGCCGAAAGUUUUCUGCCCCCGGCCACCUCUGCCCUACUACCCACCCCUCCACCAACCCCUCCAUCCCCCUCUGCCCGCGUCAGGGCUCUCUGGGCACCCCUGCCCAGGUUUUCGGCUACGGCCCAUCCACCUACAGCACCCCCCAGUGGGCAGGACCUACAGGUCCCUGUCAGGUGGGCCUCCUGGCCUCCACCCAGCCGCAGGCCCAGUACCAGCCCCAAGCCCCCUCCUCGGCCUCAGCCCCGCUUCAGCAGGCCUUCCACGUGGGAGCCACUCAGAAACCUGUCAGCAACCCUGGAGGCCCCAACCUGAGGCCCACGUAGCCUGGACCUGGGUUAGUCAGGCUAGGCUGAGAGGGACUGAGGGCAGGGAGGAGGAGAGCCAUAGGACAACUACUAGCACUCUCUGAUGUUUUGUUCUGUUUCGCUUAUUGGUGAGGUGAACAAAAAAGAAGAGAACGAAGGAGAGGAGACUGUGGUCCUGUCAGGCGAAAAAAGAGGUCUGUCUGUCGGUUGGAGGGAGAGUGCAAUACAUACCCAUAGCACACCAAUCACACCUUCACCCCUACCAGGGCCCAGUCUUUUCUGCCAAUGGCUGUGGAAGCGGGUUGUGAUUGACAUUUAGGUUUGUCCAAUGAAAGCCAUUAAGCCAAGAGCACAAACAGCAACGGCCAGAGACGUCUGUUGAAAGCACCAUUGUGACGUCAUCAUUCCCUUGAAGGAGAGGAUAGGGAGGGGGAGGGGGAACUCUUAAUCACUUCUUGACUGUAACUGGCCUUAAGCUUAACUAGGACAGAAUUUAGAAGAUAGAGAGAAACCCUGCCAACACACACGCACCUCCUAGCCUUACUGUUAUUGGCUGAGAUUCGGGGGUGUUGAAUGGUAUGGGAAGCUAUCUUGGUGAGAAACAGAUGAAUUGUGGGUAUCAAGUUUGUAUAAAGAAAGUCGAGAGAGAUACAGUAUGUAGAGAAGGAAAGAAGAGUGAAUGGAAGUCGGUAAGGUUUUACUGGAUAGUGGUUACCCAUAUCAUCGCCAUACAGUAAGAUGCAAUAAUAGCAUUGUGGGGAAAGGAGUGAGUCCCUGGCCCCGUGUAACAGUGGCCUUCAACCCCUAAACGCAUGUACACAUUUUCUUUGUAUAACAAAUAUUUCUUGUCCUAGGUUAUGAUUCUAUGGUUAUAUUUGACUCUAUCUGUCCCUCUGAGAUGGUGUGAUGUUAUGCCUGACUGAGGGUGUUACRUUCUUAUUUGAGACCAUAACCUGUUAGCGUGAGCUAAGUAACAGACCUGUCUGUAGAUAGUUUAUCAUUAUCUACUUCCUGUCAUGUCCAUGCUUUGGAUUUAGCCUGACUGUAUCCAUGAGUGAUUUUGGUUUACGCUUUAGAGACUGGUUAGGCUUAUCAACUGUUUGAGUUGUAGGCUUCAGCUACUGUGUCGGUUGUCUCACCUCAUCAGAGUGACUACAGUACACCAGGUGGUAAGUAAGGCUAUGGCCCUCGGUACAUUCCUGAGACAUGGGGUUAUCUAUAGAUACUACUGGUAUAUUAUCUAGCAGUGAACGGGGCAUGAUGUUCACACAGACCUUAGAAAUGUCAACUUUUCACAAAUCUAUCCAACCUUAUUUCCCGUUGUCGUCAUAUUUCAAAAUCAUGACAAAUUGUCUGGGGUUCCCUUUCUGUGGUUUAUUUUGUGUGUAUAUUUAAAUACAAAUACAAUAUGUUCUCUAUGGACCUGUAUUCAGCCAUCAUAUUUUGAUGUUUCACUAACUAUUAAAUGUUGUUAAACAACAUGUAGUUAAAGGAAUAUAACGUGCAAUUGCAGGGUUAUUAUUGGUAUUGUACUCCGUAACAGCAGAGUAGUCCUGUGCUUCUUCAGCUCUUAUCAUACACCACCCUGUCAUUUUUGUUUUGUUUUACUGUGUAUAUGUCUAUACAUGCAAGGUACAUGUGUUACAUUUAAAUAAUGCUUUCAUAUAAUGCUCAUCGCCAUAGAGUAAGUAUUAUGUCUUGCGAUUUACCCACCCCCACACAGUACACACACGGACAGCCCUGUAAACUUUCAGAACUCUUUAGUGCUUCGCAUCCUCACUACUGAGAACUUCCACCAUAAUCACCUAGCCCUACUGUUCUUUCUGAUGGACUAGAGUCCAGUGACUGAAAGACCAGUUAACUGSCGACCUGUGAGAUCCAUCAAACGUCCAUAGACAUGGGUAAAUGUUUCAUGUGAAAGUUAAACAUACCUAAUGAAGUCUGUCAGAAGAGGCAGGUGAGUCUUAUAUCAACACAGGACUGACUCAUGUAAAGCAGAGCAGUGUUGCAUGAAAACAGGUUAUUUUCUGUAGUCACCAAAACCGGCAUUUGUGUAUCUUAUGUUGGUUGUUGAAAAAGGGUAUGACUUGUCUAAGUGAAUGUAAUCAGUACAGUAUUGCAUAGCAGCACUUGUUUUCAACAGAUAAGAAAACUAAACUGUGUUUUUUCUCUCCAUUGGCACCAUUCUCUUGCUUCUUUGCCACCUUACGUGAUGAGUGCCAUUCCCCUCGAUACAGUGACCUCACCCACUCCUGGAUUGAACUACUACUUUAACUUCUCUAGAGAAUAAUAAGUUACUGCAAUGCAGAAUAUGCAAUGUUUAAUAGGCACCAAGGGGAAAUGUUUUCAUGCCGACGAGGGUUGUUAUUUAGUGUUUUUGAUAUUGGGAAAACUGAGAUCCUGCUUUUCUUUGCUGUAUGCAAGUCCACACAAAGUGCCGAUCAUGAAUUGCUCAGGUGUCAAUGUAUCUCAAUAUAAUAUUGGCAUGUGUCUUUCCUGAAUUCUGCAUGCUAACUGGUUUUAGACCUUUGGCUUACCUACAACAACCCACUGUACAGCACAAGCUACUAAUCACCCAAUUAUCCUCAAGUGGUGAAAAGAUUCUACAGGCACAAUUGUCUCCUUAGGCUACUGACAUUUAUAACGUUAUUUCAUGUUGUACUCUUGGAUUUUUGUCCAUCUUUUCUCUUGCUCUUCCAGGGACCAGCCUACUCUAUGGUUGUUUUUUCACGUUGUACAAAGUGUUAAAAAAUUAAUAAAAAUUCAACUGAAAUCA